AUGGCUGGGCUGUUCCGCCUCGGGCAACUUCUUAAAGGGAAAAGAGGCUGCUACACCAUAACCAAGGAGGUCCAGAGUUUUUUACUCAGGAAAGUGGACUUCAUGGGCUGUAUGGAAAAUCCGAGAAAUGAUCACCACGCUAAACGGGCCAGCAACAGCGAUGGACGCCCGAACAAACUUGACGAAAUUGCAUGGCUUGUAACCGAGCUGAAAGGAAUAAUUGCACAACAAGGCCAGGUUGUGGAGACUCUCAAAACAAGCGUCGGAACGAAUGGCGAAUCCUCAACCCCUCCACUGGCUCCAACGCCCGCGUCUACAAAAGUCGACAGGAAAGACCCCCCGCUCUGCGUCCGUAUCAGUGCGGCACAGGCUUCCGACCCCAUGGACUAUGGAGGAUCCCUCACAAGAUAUCUCCCCGUGGAAGAGGUCAAAGCGAGGGUCACAGACGCCCUACAAAAGAAUACGCCAACCGAAGGAGUCGAGAUCAUCGGGGUAGGAACCACAAAAACAGGGUACAUCAUCCGCUUCCGGGAUGAAGCCUCCGAAGACACUGCCAGCGUGAACGAGGGGUGGCUCCGGAACCUGGGAAACCAAACAAAGCUGCUCGCCCGAAAGGGAUACAAGAUAGAAGAAAUCGCAUGGCUCAAGAAGAGGGAAUCCACGCUGGGCGCGUCGGCGUCACUUGGAAUAUGGUUCGACAGUGCGGAAGCUGCCGAAUGGGCGACUGCGCAGAACGCCACCCGACAGGAGCAACAGAGUGCAAAUCGAGAGCCAAUAUCACCAGCCUUCAAUGUUAACACAAAAACUACGGAUUUUACAACUAAACGCCAACAAAAACGUCCGACCAUGGAAGCACUCCUCAAUGACCGCAAAAUUGGAGACUUGGAGGUGCUACUCGUACAAGAACCCCCCUUCACAUAUUAUACAACACCAAUACAACACACACACUGGAGGGUGUUUCAAACAUCAUGCACUGAAACACACGCCACGGGGCGCAGUCCAAUAUACGUCAACAAGCGCGUAUCAACCUCGGCAUACCGGCAGAGGCGAUGCCACAGCCCAGAUGUCACAGCAAUCGAGCUCCAAAUAGGAGAAAGCCAGAUCUUGAUUUUCUCCACAUACAUCCCACCAUUCGACCCGGCAGACAACCCGAUACACCAGACCUUAAACGAAAUCAGCCGGACAAUCCGACUCUCACCCGCAACCAUGUUGAUCAUCGCAGGGGAUUUCAACCGACAUCAUCAGAUGUGGGGUGGAAUCCAGGUGAACCGAAGACGAGCCCGAGACACCGGGAGCCUCCUGGACUUCAUACAGGCUCAAGAACUCCAUAGCUGUCUCCCAUCUGGUACUGCCACCUACUGGUCAGCGAGCCACCCAGGCACACACUCCACACUCGACCUCACACUCAGUAACGUCCCACAUCAGUUACUCAAAUGCCAUCCCUACCAAGACAACUAUGGCUCCGACCACCUAGCGAUCUACUCGGAAUGGGAUCUGCAACUGAAACAGAAAGAUCCAAGCCAGCCACGCAGACUUUUUGACCAAGCGAACUGGGAAGAAAUUGGCAAAGCUGUAGAGAAGGCGAACCAUAUACCGUGGAUCGAAUCAACAGCUCAGCUGGAUGCAAUAGUUGGCAGAUUAAUCACAACGACAACAGCAGAAAUAGACAAGCACACCCCGCACGCAAGACCAUCUCCCUACGCCAAACGCUGGUUCAGCCGAGACCUGAAAAUACAGCAGUCCGAGUGCAACGGACGCCGAAGGAGGUGGCAGGCCAGUUGCGUUGAGCGGGGAAGCGACCACCCAACCCCCAAGCCCUACACCUGGACGCGCUGCGGAAGCGCAGGGAAUGGACUCGAACAAUAG